CCUGAUAGUCUGCCAUAGCGCGCUCUGACGUGCUCACUUUGCGCUUUUCUGUCAUAUGCAUCUAUUUUAUUCGUCCCAGGAUCUGAGCAAUUCGCUUCGCAUUUUCUCCUGUUUUCAGCGUCGAAGGAAUGAAGAGUCUUCUCAAUAAACGAUAUUGACAUGAAGAAGGACAUAGAGGUGCUGAUAGCAGAGGAACGCGCUGAGAUCAUAUCUAAGUAUAACAAGGGUCGAGAGGCAGGUGUUCAGAUCGAUCCUUGGGAAGAUGCAGACUACAGCGUAUAUCGAGUCACAGAUCGCUUUGGAUUUCUUCAUGAAGAGGAACUGCCCGCACCAAGUGUACUUGAAGAGAAGCAAAAACAGGUGGAGAUUGAGAGGGUGCAGAAAUGGGUGAAGAUGUUGAAGAACUGGAGCAAGUACAGAAACAGUGACCGGAUGAUUAAAAGGGUGUGUAAAGGCAUUCCACUACAGCUCAGAGGACAGGCCUGGGCCCUGCUCUUAGAUGUAGAGAAAGUCAAGAACGACAAUGAAGGAAAGUAUGAGAAAAUGAAGCAGCAAGCACAGCUGUACUCUCCAGAAAUCAAACAGAUUGACCUUGACAUAAACAGGACCUUUCGAAACCACAUCAUGUUUAUGGAUAGAUUCGGUGUGAAGCAACAGUCUUUGUUCCAUGUGCUCUCUGCAUACUCGGUGUACAACACAGAAGUUGGUUACUGUCAGGGCAUGAGUCAGAUUGCUGCCAUUCUUUUAAUGUUCAUGAACGAGGAGGAUGCAUUCUGGGCUCUGUCACAACUGUUAACCAAUCAGAAACAUGCUAUGCAUGGAUUCUACAUCCCUGGAUUUCCCAAACUUCAUCGGUUUCAGAACCACCAUGAUCAGAUACUCUCCAAACUUUUGCCCAAACUGAAGAAGCAUUUGGAUAAGGAGCAGAUGUUUAGUGGGAUUUAUAGCACCAAAUGGUUUCUCCAGUGUUUCAUUGACAGGACUCCAUUCACUCUGACCUUACGGCUAUGGGACAUCUUCAUCCUAGAGGGUGAAAAAGUUCUGACUGCCAUGGCUUACACUAUCCUUCAACUCCACAAAAAACGUUUAGUUAAGAUGUCUCUGGAGGACCUGAGAGAGUUCCUGCAGGAGGAGAUAGGAGAGUCCAUCUACCUCAAUGAUGACCUUGUCAUAGAGCAUCUUAAGGUCUCCAUGUCUGAACUUCGCAAAAUGAAGUUAGACCUCCCACCACCAGCUAAGCCUGAUGAGUUUCCACGGAAGCCUCUAGGUCUAGAGAUGCCUGUGGUUCUGACUCCAUUAAAACAAUCCAAACCAAGCCCCUCUGAGGAUACACCCAACAAAGCCCAACUCGGCAAACGCCCCCCAACCUCUCUGCACAUUUCUCUUGAGCAGGAGUCUAUAAUACUAGACGACAGCCCUCCACAGGACAAAAAGACCUUUAAAGAUGAAGGAACAGGCAGUAUGUCACCCCUCCCCUCACCUGACCCUGUACUAGUGCAUAGGCCGAUUCCGCUCACGCCUGAUGGAAUGAUAGGAGCUCCCGAAGACGGUGGGGAAUGGCCCCCUCCAUAUGAACCUCCCAAAAGCACUAUCCCAGAGCUCAGUGAUCUGCAACCUGAGCUGUGUGACACUACUUCACCUCCAAAUCUAGAUGAUAAAUUGCUAUCCAGAACAUCACCUGCAGCAGAGCCUUUACAAAAAUCUCUGACAUUUGAGCAGGACGGUGAGAAGACAGCAGUGGGCAGUGUGGCGGGUCAUUUACCCUCAAACAAUUUACAGAUUUCCGUGGCUCACGAAUCUCGUCGGGCUUCCAGUAUUUCCGAUAAUGAAAAUCUAAACGAGGGACUUGAGAGAGAUAAUGAACAUCAGAAUUUGGACUCAUUGUCUGAGAGAUUCUCCAUUUCACACAAGACCUCCCCAAUAGCCUGUGAUCAGUCUCAGUUACCUGCCAGAGGAAUCCCCACAGUUCACUCUGACCCUUUGAUGCAAAACGCUUCCCAUACCUGCCAACAUCUGCCUAAGUCGGAGACCUUUUAGGCUGCCAGCCAUCUUCUGCUCUAGUGCUUUUCUAGUGUUUUGUUAGAAAGCUUAAAGUAUUGCAAGCUAAUUAAAAAAAUGUAAAAAGUUCCAAAUGUAACAUUUAAGCAGCAUAGGUUUGCUCUAGUAAAUUGCAUUUAGUUUGUAAUGCAAAACAAACAUCACGGCUGGUUGAGAUUAAUUUGUGGAGUAUAAAUUGUUCCGCAUGCAUCUGUUAAUACUUCGACACACUGCCAGUAUAAGACUUAAUAAUAAAAGUGAGCUGGCUCACUGAAGAACUAUACAGAAGAGUAUAGGCUAUGUUAUUAAUAUAAUAAACAGCUUAUCUACUUCUGUACAGAACAUACAUAAAAAUAUGUUCUGAAUCACAAUCGGCAAUGACACAUUUUCACUGCAGCAAACAUGCUAAAUCCUCCAUUAGCUAAUAUGUUAAGGCUUGGCGGUGUAACAUAUAUGUAUUUGUUAAAUAAAAACAAUCCAUGUUAAUUAGAACAGCAGCUUUUCAGUGACAAGGGAGUUAUAUAUUUGUAUUCUGGUCAUGUUUAUGGCUUAAGCAAACAGUCAAUUUAUUCUGUUGAAAAACCCCAUCAAUGCUAAAUAGUAUAAUGGAAUGUGCAUUACAUGCACCAAAGUAAAGCCUCAAGCCUUUGAUAUGUCAAAAUUUCUGAAAGACAGCUCCAGUGUCUGGCAAUAGAAACCGUGGCCUUGAGGAAGACUGAACGGUAUGUUUUUUUUGGUUAUAGCGAACUACAGCUACAUUUGGUAAUUGUACUUGUUUUUCCUUAUUUUGUGAACAUUUUGUACAUUUAGCUUUAAGAAUAUUGUAUUUUAAUGCUUAUAGGAUUUUAUGUAUUUGUAAUUUAAAUGGUGUAAUAUCUGAUUUUCCGUCUGGUGGAUGCAACUAUUGUAGGCCUACUUUUCUUCAUGAUAAACUGGUUGCAGGAGACUGUACCAUGGUGUAGUAACCUCUUCAGUUUUACAGUUUGGUUGAACCAUUUUAACAGAUUAAGGCUUUGACAUGACAAAUGUAAUUUUGGUUUGGCCAUCGACAUGUAUAGGUAAGAAAAGUGCAAAACUAUAGUUUAAAUAUUUACUUUGAAAAUAGCAAUCCAUGGUUUACAGUGAAAAUUGUUUGAUACAUUUAAAGUAUUGAAAAAUAACAGUAUUUUUACCUUCAGUCAUUUAAAAAACUGUUACUGUAAAACAUUUUUGAGGCAUUUUAAUGGCAUGUGGAUUUUAAAGUAGUGAAAAAUUGUAGGAAUUCUUCUCAAAUGAGCACUGUAUUGUUACCAGUACUAUUAUACACAAUGGCCUGUGUCAGAUGAUAUUGACUAUGUUAAAUGCAUUUAUUAUGUUUUUAAAAUUGAAAAUGUUUUCAGUGCAUUGAGUCAUAGAUAUUUCAGUGUGCAUUCUUUAUUAAGGAGUUUUGAGAGCUCCAACCAAAAUCCUUUGGUUUUAUUCGAGAUGUUAUUUACAAGAUGUAAAUACGUUUACUUUGUUAUUAUAUGUUUGAUUUAAAUUUUCAGAAAUAGACGUUUUGUAAUCUUAA